GGGGGUGUCGGGAGCAGGCGGAGAGCUUUCCUGGGAGGCUGGGGAAGCAGUGAACACUCUUCUCAGCGACUCGCCUCCCAGCAGUGCUAUUUUUUGCCAUCCGCCCUCACCCCCAGCACACGCGCUCGCACACACAGGCACGCACGCACACACACACAGACCUCUCUGGAUUUCUUUGCUUUGAGUCUCCCGGGGCUGUGAGGAGCCAGGCGCAUCUCAGACCGAGCUGGCAGCUCCCAGCUUGGGAGCCAUGUCCUGCACGGACCCUCAUCCUUACCAAGCUCGUGAGGAAUGAAAGGAACCCAGGGAACCUCACAAGGCAGCAGUGAUGUGGACCAAACCCCUGGAGCCUGCACCCUUCCGAGGGCCAUAGGCGACCCGGGGAACUGGAGAGAGCUCCAGACAGGAAAUCCCAGCGUUCCCAAAGUCCCUGUGGAUGCUGACAAAAGGAGACCUGAAUUGUUGGAAGAGCCUGCCCUAGGUUAGCCAGCUGCAGAGUGAUUUUCCCCUCUGGCACUGAACCUCUCCCUCCAACCCCCAGCAGUCCAGAGUACCAUGAAGAAUUAUGAGGAUGUGUGACAGAGGUAUCCAGAUGUUGAUCACCACUGUGGGAGCCUUUGCAGCUUUUAGUUUAAUGACCAUUGCAGUGGGCACGGACUACUGGUUAUAUUCCAGAGGUGUGUGCAGGACUAAAUCUACAAGUGAUAAUGAAACCAGCAGGAAGAAUGAAGAAGUAAUGACCCAUUCGGGGCUGUGGAGGACCUGCUGCCUAGAAGGGGCUUUCCGAGGAGUGUGCAAGAAAAUCGAUCACUUCCCUGAAGAUGCUGACUAUGAACAAGAUACAGCUGAGUAUCUGCUGCGGGCUGUGAGAGCCUCCAGUGUCUUCCCCAUCCUCAGCGUCACGCUGCUGUUCUUUGGCGGGCUCUGUGUGGCAGCCAGCGAGUUCCACCGCAGCAGGCACAAUGUCAUCCUCAGCGCGGGCAUCUUUUUUGUUUCCGCAGGCUUAAGCAACAUCAUCGGCAUCAUAGUUUAUAUAUCAGCAAAUGCUGGAGACCCUGGGCAACGUGACUCCAAAAAAAGCUACUCUUAUGGCUGGUCCUUCUAUUUCGGAGCCUUCUCAUUCAUCAUUGCAGAAAUUGUGGGAGUGGUGGCUGUGCACAUCUAUAUUGAAAAACAUCAGCAGUUACGUGCCAAAUCCCACUCGGAGUUCCUGAAGAAGUCUACUUUUGCCCGCCUUCCACCCUAUAGGUAUAGAUUCCGGAGGCGAUCAAGCUCUCGCUCCACAGAACCCAGAUCCCGAGACCUGUCCCCCAUCAGCAAAGGCUUCCACACCAUCCCCUCCACUGACAUCUCAAUGUUCACCCUCUCCCGGGACCCCUCAAAGAUCACCAUGGGGACCCUCCUCAACUCUGACCGGGACCACACUUUUCUACAGUUCCACAAUUCCACUCCCAAAGAGUUCAAAGAUUCACUGCAUAAUAAUCCGGCCAACAGGCGCACCACGCCGGUCUGAACUGACCUCUGACCUCUGCCCCGCGGCCAGUGCAGUCCUUGGGGAAGUGUACAGAGAUGCCUCUGAGGUUGCAUGGCAUGGUCCUAGUGAUGGUAUUACUUUUUAUAAAGAAUGAAACCAAAUGGACUCGGCCCUUUCCCACACUUUACCCCUCACUCCCCAAGUCCCGGCCCCUCCAUUCCUGACUCUCCAAGCCAAUCCCUUAAUGUCAUUCCUCUCUGUGUAUCUGUGCCAGAUGUUUUCCUUUCUUCCUUCUUUACUGGAAGGACCUCCACAUUCUUCCCUCCUUGGAAGAGGACUUCACUAAAAGUCAAGGGUGGUGGCUGGGGGGAUUCCCGAAUCCCCAUCAGGGCGUGCGUAGAUGUACCCAUUGUCCACCCACACAAAUCCUCAGGAAACCAACCACCUAGGUGGCCCUGAGGGAGGUAUCCACCUUUACAUUUUAGAAAAACAUGACCAGAAAUCAAAGAUGUCAGAGCCCCAAAGCAGCUAAUGUAAUAAGCACUCAUAUUAUUAAAGGUUUUGCCUUGUAA